GUACAUUUCACUCUAUUUUACGAACCUAUGUUACCAUAGAGCAGCAUUACAUAUUCUAUCACCGGGCUCGAGCUGCAUUGAACUUGUGUAUAUUUAGUCGUGUUACACGGCACUGCUGAGAAACCAUGUUUCCGGUCUCAUUCACAACCCUAGAAGGCACUGGCCCGGAUACGACAUACAAGGCACAGUUUCAAGACUCAAAAUCAUUCAUAUCACAGCGCAUCUAUUCAUUAAAUACGUCGCCGGUACCACAGAAGACUGCCGCAGUGCUGGAUGAGACGACAACUCUUUCGCUUCCUGGAGAAGUCCCGCCACGCCCAACCAACUUGGCCGGAACCAAGAGAAAGAGAGAAGACGAUGAUGGUGAGGGAGAACCCGAUGCCAGAGAGCCCUUUGAUGCCUCGCAUCAAACUAUCAAACUGCCUGCCCUCAUCAAACCUCUAUCUGUAAGAAACGAUGAGGACCAGCCUAAGCGAGAUCGGUCGCAGAUGACGCCACAUGAAUUGGAAAUCGAUACAAUGCGUCGCAGAAAUCUAUCCAUGUUGCCUAGCAGUGUUACACCUGCUUGCCCAGAGCUCUUGGGCUUCCGAGCCGGUCAGGCAUCCCUAGAAGCACGGUCGGAGUACUUUGCGUCGAGAAAACGCAGCGACCUCCUCAACAUAUUAACUUUCUGCGACCAGCUGCAUCCUAGCCUUCUUGUGGACAUCCUGGUUUCGGUGUCAAAACGACACCCCGGGCUUCCUAUUUUCCGCUCUCCAGACUGGGACCCAGCAGCCGUUGCUGAGAACAAAGUCAUGGCUAUGGCUGCAGCAUCAAGUACUUCGUCUCGGCGGCGCCACGGUCAUACAUUGAUCAACCCGCGGAUGAGACAACGUCACAAAGCUUCCAAGAAAUCGAUAAAUAGACAACGCAUGUUUGAGUCAGCAAUCGCCGCCAGAGGCGAUGACGAGGUAGACGAGGAGGAAGAGGAUACAUUACCCGACAUAUGGCCUCGGGCAGGAGAUGGGCUCUAUUCCAAACUCCCUGUGGAAACCGACGACAAUGCCUACAUGGAUGACGAUAAUGAGGAUGAGGCCUUUAGUCACUUCAUGGUCGAUUCUCUGGGCGCUCUCAAUGCUGUCAGCGCGUUCGGUUGAAUGUGCCAUCAUUAUCAUGUAUUAUAAUUUUAUAUAGACGUAUACAAAGAUACCCCUUGCCAUCGUGCUGCAGCAUAGAUGGCCGUUAUAUACAAGCAACUUGGCAAUCCAUUAUCAGCUCAGACUUGCCUUUACGACGUCAUUGUCUCUCGCGUAAAUAUGCACCCGAGCAUGAAGGGUUAUGCUGCUAAGCAGCAAAACGCCACGACUGCUCGGGCCCAGGGCGAAGCUAGACUCGGAAGUAUCUGGGUAUCAUCAUCGCCGGGUUGCUCAAGUGGGACUUGCCACUGUAUGCUAUUCUCAUGCUAUCAGGGUUGUUCCCUUAACUUUUCCAUUCUCCAUUUUGGCAGUGCGUGCUCCGAAUUGAAUCUGUUGGAAGUUGUUAGCUGAUAUAUUUCGCACUUUACUAGCAUUUAGCAACUCACCGCACGCUUCUUCUCUGUUGCAACAGAUGGUAAUCCGAGCUCUUGCGCCAGGAGCCUCAGUAGUCGUUUACCUGGUUCUACUCCUGUCUUAUCUUCUCCAUUUCCAAAAUCACACUUCUGCCAGACAGGGGUUCCAAUGGCCCAUUUCACAAAAGCUUCAUCUAGAUAUGGAAACCGUACCUCCCUGCCCCAGUUUGACAUGGCUCUGUCAUCUCUUCCCAAGUUUCGUUUUCCAAGGCGAGAGACGUCCAGUUUGAGCUCAUCAAUCAACCCAGGGUAUCCAUGUCGUUGAAAAGCAGUCUCAUGUCGUUGGUAACCGCCAAAUAGCUCAUCGGCACCCAAGCCAGAGAGAAGAACACGCGCAGUGGUACCAUAGUCUUCUGGCUCGGCAUCUACAGCAAUCUGUGCUUUUCCAACGCCCAUGGCUGCAAAAUAUAAAGCAUAAGCUAUGGAUAGAUCCAUUUCAGUAUUGUGCGGGUAAAUCAAGUUUAUAACGUCGCUCCGAUGAGCUGUUGUUAGGGUAUAUGGUACAUUAAUCUGUAACUUGUUAGCUUAAGCUCUUCCAAAUCAUUGUAAACUCACAUUUACAAAUCGCCAUCUUCUAUCUGGACAUGCUUGGAUCAAUUCGGUGAAAGAUUUUCGGCCGGUUAUUCUGUCAGGGCACAACUCGUAUAAAGCCGCCUGAUCUAGCUCUUUGUUAUGAAAUGCUAUACGCGGGUUUUCAAACGCCACAUUCAACAAGUCGAUAGAUUGACCAGGGGGGACAAUAUCAUUAAUCAUACGCGCAAGUACUGUGCAAUCAAGACCUCCAGAGAAGAGCACUGCAAUCCUCGAAUCUGUGGUGCUCGUGUUUGGUGGUACUGCAACGGUUAAAACGCGUGGGUGCAAAGAGUCUGAUAGGUGAGCACGGAGGAGAUUCAAUGCUUCAGAUUCUCUUGAUAAUGAUUCGGGUUCAGACGAUACGGUGGAAUUGAAAGUCCCAAUACCAGAUACCUGUUCGUUAUGUUAGCUCUGGUGGGCGCACCAACUGAGUGUAACUUACAUGAGACUCGUCACUGAUCCAAUCGUGUCUGCUAGAAAUAAUCUCGCUAGAUGCGAGAUUUAUGCUGUAUAAUCCAUCGGCUUCAACUUCUUUCCAUGAUGGCGCUGUUUGCCCGGCGAUGCUAGACAGAGCAUAACCCUCGGAAGUAUCACGUAGUAGUGAUCUUCUUCCAAGACGGUCUCGGCCAAAAUACAGCGUCUUGCUCUUCUUUUCAAAGAACACAAAAGCAAAUGGUCCCUGAAUAUCUCGUAUAGACGACAAGAUAGCUUCGUGGCCAGAGCGGCUCGCAUGUACCAGAUGGUUUAACACAGCUACGCCGUCAUUUCCAACAACCGGUUUGUCUCCUAUGCUCCAAGCUUCUCCGUUCCAGCAGAGAACUGCACCCGUGUCGUUGCUAACAAGGGGUUGCUCCGUCAGAUUGUCUCCUCGCAGGGAUAAAACUGUCGACGUCAGGGUCACAUAUACACGCGUCGAGUCAUCUCGCUCAAACUCAACUGCCACGGUUCCCAGGUGGUCGGGGCCGCGAUUGCGCAGACGCUGCAAGAGUUGCGGUUCAAUGGGGCCGGGCUGUGUAUGUGAAAAUACCGCAUGAAUGCCGCACAUUUCCUGGUAUUAAUUCACCGGUGAUGUAAGAUUGCAGCGACGCUGGUAAGAACGUAGUUGGUGCGUGCGUGCG